UCAAACCGUUGUGAUGGGCUCUAGGUGCAACAGCACAUCCUUAUCCGAGCAUUCUUGUUUGUUCUUCUUUCAUUGAUCUUUCCCCAAUCAGCCAACGGGCAAUUUGAUCAUUUGAUCACAUCCAGACCUUGUAAUAUAUUACAUAUUCGUCGGCGGCGGCGAAUAUUGCAUUUGCAUCUCUCAUUCCUGUUUGCUGAAUUCUUCAAAUCACCAACAAUGGCUGAUGGACUAAUUUCCAUUUUCUUAGGGAAAUUAGUUUCUAUCAUACAACAAGAUAUUCAGGAAGAGUUACGACUGGUUACUGGUGUCAGAGAAGAUGUCGAAAAGCUUUCUCGCACACUCAGGAGUAUUCAGGCUGUGCUUAAGGAUGCAGAGGAGAGGCAAGUGAAAGAUAACCUGGUAAAGGUUUGGCUGGAGAAUCUCAAAGAUAUAGCCUAUGACACGGAUGAUGUGUUGGAUGAGUGGAGCACUAAAAUUCUCAUGUUGAAAGAGGUACGCCCCAAUAAUAACUUGUUGUCUUGCUGCUUUUGGUUCAAGCAAGUAGGUCUGCACCGUGAUAUCGGUCUUAAGAUAAAGAAGAUUAACAAAAGACUAGAUGAGAUUACAAGUGAAGAAGACAAGUUUAACUUCAAAAGCAGUAGCAACGUCAAUACAGAGGAGCCAAUCAAUAGACCACAAAUUAGACAAACUAGCUCUUUGAUUGAUGUAUCCAUCACAGUAGGUCGGAAUUCAGAGAAAGAACUUAUAGUGAGCAAAUUGCUGACUGAGGGUAGUUGGCAGGAAACGACCUCAGUGCCCAUCAUCUCCAUAGUUGGUAUGGGGGGCUUAGGCAAGACGACUCUUGCCCAGCUAGUUUUCAAUGAUAACAGGAUAACAGCCCAGUUCGAGAAAAAAAUUUGGGUAUGUGUAUUUGAGCCUUUUGAUAAGGUAAGGAUUGCCAAGGAAAUUAUUAAAGCCUUUCACAAGGAGAUUCUCAUUGAUAAUGAUAUUUCAUGGGAAGCUCUGCAUAAUCUGUUAACCGAUUCCCUUGAGAAUAGGCUCUUUCUACUUGUUCUAGAUGACAUGUGGACUGAGGAUGUGUUUGAUUGGGAUCCAUUGAAGCUUUCUCUCAAUUUUUCUGCACAAGGAAGUAGAAUUCUAGUCACUACACGCAAGACAACAGUUGCAACAAUGCUAGGCACUACUUACCUCCAUAAUUUAGAGCUAUUGUCUGACCCGGACUGUUGGUCAUUGAUGAGCCGCAUAGCAUUUGCAGAGAGGGCAACACAAGAGUGUCAAAUGUUGGAAGGAAUCGGUAGGGAAAUUGCCAAAAAGUGCAAAGGCUUGCCUCUUUCUGCAAAGUCCAUUGGAGGCCUCCUGCGCUUCAAGAGACCAAGAAAACAUGACUGGCAAGAUGUAUUGGAGAGCCACACAUGGGAAGAAGUUCAAGAACAUGUCUUACCAGCUCUGUUGUUAAGCUAUUAUGAUUUGCCCUCACAUUUGAAACAGUGUUUUGCAUAUUGUGCUAUCUUUCCCAAAGAUAAGUGGAUAUACAAGGAUGAGUUGGUCAAGUUGUGGAUGGCACAAGGUUUUCUUAUUAACAACAGUUCAUCAGAAAGAGAUAUGGAGUUAAUAGGUGAAGAGUACUUUGAUAUUUUGGCCAUGCGAUCAUUUUUCCAGGACUUCCGCAAAGAUUAUAACCAAAAGAUAGAGUGUAAGAUACACGAUUUGAUACAUGACUUAUCCCAAUUUCUCACAAAUAAGGAAUGCAGUGUUCUAAAUAUAAGCAACAAUAUAGCUCUAGAGUUGAACUAUAGCAAUGCCCGGCAUUUAGUUGUAAUACAGAACUAUAAGGAUGGCUUAGAUGAAGUAUCCAUUCCUCCCCUUGUUUUCAAGGCAAAGAAUCUAAGAACACUCAUACUACCUAUGACUAUAAGUGUAUCUUCUGAUCUAUUUCUUCAUUUAACAUGUCUAAGAGCAUUAAGUUUGAGUGUCCCACAUCUCAGGGAACUACCAAAUGAAGUGGAGAAAUUGGUACAUCUAAGAUAUCUUGAUUUGUCUUCAACAAGAUUGAAGGAAUUGCCUGAAACAUUGGGUAAUCUAUAUAACUUGCAAACUUUGGAGCUGAAUUUUUGUGGGGAACUUUAUAAUCUUCCUGAAGGAAUUACAAAACUGACUAAAAUGAGACAUCUUGAAAUCAGGGGUACUGAAAAAUUGCAGUACUUACCACAAGGCAUUGGUAGACUAAUCUCCUUACGCAGAUUAUCCAAAUUCAUUAUAGGUGGAAAUAGUGCCACAGGCAGAGAAGGAUGUACAAUUAAGGAACUCAAAGACCUCAAGUUCCUUCAAGGGGGAUUGGAAAUAAGAGGUUUAGGAAGAUUAAAAAGUGAAAAUGACACUAAUUAUGCAGACCUAAAGAAUCGAAAACAUAUCCACAAAUUGGGUUUAUAUUUUGAUGGUUGCAAUGGACAAUUUGAUGCAGUAGGGAAGAUGGAGAGCAUUCUUGAGGGUCUACAACCACAUCAAGCCUUGGAGGGAUUGGGAAUAGGUUGCUACCCAGGUACCAAAUUAGCAGGUUGGAUGGUGAGAGAUAAUGGGUUGCCCAAUCUGCGUUUUCUGAGAUUUUAUGCAUGUAAAAAUUUAAACAUGUUGCCACCUGCCAUAGGGAAGCUACCAUCUCUUGAAAGGCUGAGUAUAAAAGCAAUGGAUGAGAUAAAAUACAUGGGCCAUAGGUUUUUCGGAAUCAACAGUGCAGAUGCUGCCAAGAAUGAUUGUGAAGCUAAGAAAUUGUUCCCAAAGUUAGAUUCUCUUAAUAUUCUUGAUAUGAAAAACUUGGAAGAUUGGGUUGUUGACACUGAAGAAAUAGAAACCACUUCUGUUUUGAUGCCACAUCUUUCUUACUUGUAUAUUCACAAUUGCCCCAAGUUAAAAGUGCUUCCCCACCGCAUCUUCCCUGCUGCACCACUACAAACACUACUGAUAUUACAGUGUCCUCAGUUGACCUGGACGCCAUCCUCCUCCUCCCUUCUACAACACCUGCAGUUCUUGAACUUAUCUGGGGAUGUAGGUGAUCUUUCGAGGUCAUUACCAUCAAAUAACAAGAUCAUGGACUUGACGAUACAACAUUCACCUUUCCGGUCAUUGCCCACUGGUUUAGAAAAUUUCACAGAGCUAAAAAGCUUGUGUGUUUAUGCUUGUGAGUACAUUGACUGUAUUCCUGAUGAGUUACUACAUCUCACCUCUUUAAAAAAAUUGGAGAUCGUCAGAUGCCCUCUGCUGGAAGAAUGUUGCAGAAAGGAAGUAGGAAAAGACUGGAAAAAGAUAUGCCACAUCCCCCACAUUGAAAUCAAUGAAAGAAGAAUCCAGUAACAGAUUCAGCGGUAAAGCAUUGUUGGGCCUGCAAGACUAGAGGUUGCAUAAUUUUGAAAGGAAGAUGGUGGAUGAUUGGCCAUAGAUUGAAAUCAAGCUUGUCCGUGAGCAUUUUAUUGACAAGAAGUGUAUAUAAUAAGAAUGGAAACCCCAUCUUUGCAGAAUCACUUUAAUCUUCAAGCUGGGAUCCAUUUAAUGGUGCUCCUGAUCUUCCUAAUGUAGAGCAGUUGACAAGUUAUGUGCCCACAGACCAUUUAUGGAUCCUACAUCCUGUAUCCCAAAACACUUGCUUUUGCAUUUCAGUCAUACUGUACUCCGCUACCUUAGAAGACUAUACUGGCAUUUAUCCAAGAGGUGAACCAUUACUUCUGAAUUUGAAUCUUUGGCAUGGCCAUUCUUCUUGGAGGUGGAGAUUGUUAGAAGGUUUGAAUAUGCAUUUCCAGUUACAGACUAAAACAUAAAGAAGUGUAUAUUUGAAUAUCAUUAAUUUGUUAAUAGUAAAUUUCUUCUUUAGUCAUAGUUCA